CAGGUUUCCAGUUUGUUUAAUUUGUUGACUGUUGAGUAUUAUCAAAUUUAUCAAACAUUUGCUUGUUGGGUGUAUUUAAUUUUUGAACAUUUAAAAUAAUUAUACAGGACGUCUUCCCAAAGUAUGCCUCCCAAAUAUAAAUUUUCAGAAGGAGAGAAGGUCUUGUGUUUUCACGGGCCUUUGAUUUACGAAGCGAAAUGCUUGAAGUCAACCAUUACCAAAGAGAAACAAGUCAAAUAUUUUAUACAUUAUGCUGGGUGGAACAAAAAUUGGGAUGAGUGGGUUCCUGAAAGUAGAGUAUUGAAAUACAAUGAAGCAAAUGUUGCUAGACAGAAGGAAGUUCAAAAAGCACAUUCAGCUCAACAAAGUAAGAACAAAAAAGUCACAAAGAAGACUGCGGUAGUUAAGAGUGAUGUGGUAAAAGAUGGUGACUCUAGAGCAAGCACACCAGUUGCAGAAGUAGUAGCAAAAGGUACAAAGAAAAAAGAAGUUAGCACUCCUUCUAGUGGUCAAGAUUCUAGUUCAGAUGUUCCAAAAAAGAAGAGGGGUCGUUUAGAUCCAUCUGUAGAAUCUGAAGAGCAGUUCCUUAGUAAAGUUGAGGUAAAAGUGAAGAUUCCAGAUGAACUGAAGCCCUGGUUGGUAGAUGAUUGGGAUGUUAUUACCAGACAAAGAAAACUGUUCAAUUUGCCUGCCAAGACAAAUGUUGAACAAAUCUUGGAGAAUUAUUUGAAUCAUAAGAAGAAUACAAAGUCAAAUAAUUCAAACAAGGAAUCUGCUACUAUUGAAAUCGUGAAAGGCAUAAAAGAAUAUUUCAACGUCAUGCUAGGAACUCGGUUGCUUUAUAAAUUCGAGAGGCCCCAGUACGCAGAAAUACUACAAUCAUAUCCUGAAAAACCCAUGUCAGAAAUUUAUGGGGCAAUUCAUUUACUACGCUUAUUUGUUAAAUUAGGUGCCAUGUUAGCUUAUACGCCCUUGGACGAGAGAAGCAUCCAGUUGCUUCUGCUGAACGUACAAGACUUCUUAAAGUAUUUGGUAAAAAAUAGCACACAGUUAUUUAAUUUACAGGACUAUGGAAACGCUUCCCCUGAGUAUCACAGGAAGGCUCUGUGAUAUAAGGAAGAAUUAGACUGGGAUAGUUGUGACUAACAAAAAGUAUCUCUAGUAUUUGUAAUUGUCUUAGGGAUUGAUCCAUUUAUUUUUAAUUCAGUUAUUCAUUGUGAAAAAAUAUUUUAAAUGCUUAAAAAUAUUUUGAUUCCAGAGUAAAUUUGGCACCCUCAUGUUUUUCUUAUAAAAAAAAUGGCUAGAUCAUGAUUUGUAUUUAAGUAGUUCCUUUUUAAUCAUUAAUAUUUACUUAAUAUCCAAUUAUAUUGUGUACAGGGUCUUAAAAUAUUACAAAACGUAACGCCUUGCCCAUCUGUUGGGCAUAAGUGCUGAUAUCUGCAUCAGUAUGUAACAAAAAUACAUUGGUGUCAAAUAUAGUGGUCUAGCUGGGGCAGUAUUAAAAAUAUACAGAACGUAUUUAAAGUUAUACAUCAAUUAUAACUAUUAAUUAAAUUAGCUUAGGAAAUAUUUUUUUGUUUAAAAGUUUCUGUUCUGUUUUU